UGCCCGCCCCGCCCGCGCCCGCCGGGCCGCUGUCUCCGCCUGCCUGUCGCUGCCUCAGCGGCCGCCAGCUCCGACGACGAAGCGAAGGGUGGAGGGGAGGGGCAGGCGGCACCGGGGAGGGCGGCACCGGGCCGCAGGCCAAGCAGACGGGGUCACAAUCUGAGUUUUCAGCAAAAAAUGCUUUCAGAACAGACAGCAGCCCUGGGGACAGGAUGGGAGUCAGUAAAUGUCCAGCUGGAUGGAGCAGAGCCCCAGGUGGAAAGGGAAAGCCAGGAGGAGGGGCCAUGGAGAACAGCACCAGGGCCACUGGAACACCUGUGCUGUGACCUUGAAGAGGAGCCUCAGUCCCUUCAGGAGAAGGGUCAGUCGGCUCCCUGGGCUCCUACCAUUCCUCAGGAAGGGAGCACUGGAGAUUGGGAGAUGGCAGCUGCACUUCUUGCAGCUGGAUCACAGGGCCUGGUAACCAUCAAGGAUGUGUCACUGUGCUUCUCUCAGGAGGAAUGGCGGAGCCUGGACCCUUCUCAGACAGACUUUUACGGAGAAUACGUCAUGCAGGAAAACUGUGGGAUAGUGGUCUCUCUAAGAUUUCCAAUUCCCAAACUGGAUAUGCUUUCUCAACUAGAAGGGGGGGAAGAACAAUGGGUCCCUGAUCCCCAGGACUUAGAAGAGAGGGACAUCCUGAGGGUCACAUAUACAGGAGAUGGAAGUGAGCACGAGGGGGAUACCCCUGAACCAGAAGCAGAACCUCCCAGAAUGUUAUCCAGUGUGUCUGAAGAUACUGCUGUCUGGAGCCCAGAGCAGGAUGAGCGCUGGGAUUCCAUGCCCAGGAGCUCCAGAGGCAUGCUCCUGGGCCCACCUUUUCUUCAGGAAGAUAGCUUCUCAAACCUCCUGUGUAGCACAGAAAUGGAUUCCUUGUUAAGACCACACACAUGCCCCCAAUGUGGCAAACAGUUUGUGUGGGGCUCCCACCUUGCCAGGCACCAGCAAACACACACUGGGGAGAGGCCCUACAGCUGCCUCAAGUGUGAGAAGAGCUUUGGGCGAAGACAUCACCUGAUCCGACAUCAGAAAACCCACCUACAUGACAAGCCCAGCAGGUGCUCUGAGUGUGGCAAGAAUUUCCGAUGCAACUCCCAUCUAGCCAGCCAUCAGAGAGUGCAUGCAGAAGGCAAAUCCUGCAAGGGCCAUGAGGCUGGAGAGAGCCCUGGGGCUAGGAAACGGCAGCGUGCUGUGCCAGUGCCAAAGUGCCACGUGUGCACCGAGUGUGGGAAGAGCUUUGGCCGGCGGCACCACCUGGUGAGACACUGGCUGACCCACACCGGGGAAAAGCCCUUCCAGUGCCCUCGCUGUGAGAAAAGCUUUGGCCGUAAACAUCACCUGGACAGGCACCUGCUGACCCACCAGGGACAAAGUCCUCGGAGCAGCUGGGACAGAGGGACAUCUGUCUUUUGAAAUUUGUUUCUGCUGCAGUUGUAGUCACAUCUGUCAGCCGGUGCUAUCAGGAGUCUCUGCCAGAGCUGCCCCUCUCCUGUACCCAAUGGCCAGAAUCAUGAGUCCUGGCCCCAUCCCUAAAAAGAUGAGGUUCCAGCACUGGCCAGAGCACUUCUCACCAGUUCUGUGAGAUGUCACAUAAAAGAGUUCUUAGGGCAAAACUUUGGGAAACAAUGCUUUUACUACCUGGGCUGAUAUUCAGCCUGAGCCCAUUCUACAGGGUAUAGUGGUACCAGCAGUUUGUGGCUAAGGCCCAUUCUGAUUGGUUGGAGCCUGUGCCAUACCAGUUGUUAAAUAUUUUGAGUAUUACCUUUGUAUGAUUUUCUCUCUCUAGAUAUACAUAUAUACACAUACACAGAGAGAAAGACCAUAUUAGCAUAUUAAAGGCUCUGAAUACUUAUGCAGUAGAGCAAAUUGUUAAACCCCUUUUAAUGCAGUGUUUCCUAAAUGUAUUUGACCUCAGUAUGCUUUUUAUCUCACAUCCCACAGAACUGGUGACUCCAUGAAACACACUAGUGAACACUGAGUUAGAGAAUAACAAGGAAACAGGAAAGAGAAAGUGAUCAGGCACCCAGAGCCCCUUUUUCAUCCAAAUGAAAGCUGAGGGGGCCUCAAUCCUGUGUGGGCCCAUCACCCUUACCCUGAUCAUCUGAAUACACAUCCACACCUCUCACCCCACAUGCUGAAAAACAGAAACAAUAACCUCACACCCCCCCCCAUUUCCUGCUCCCUUCACCCUGCAUAUACAUAUAUCCAGCUGAGAGAUCACACUAGACUGCUAAGAGAUGGACCUUAUACCCCCAAGUAACCCAGGCCCACACAGAACAAAAAUACUGUAUCCCCUUGAACAGACCCCUCUCCUCUUGACAGUGUCUAUGUGUCUGUGUAUCUGUGUGCAGGGUCUUUGAAGAGAGCAUGCAAAGUGCUAACUGUAUAAGCUAGAUUUUCUAGGGGCUGUGUUCUGGGGAUGAGGGUAGUGGGAAUUGUAUGGGGUUUUUUGUUUUGUUUCAAGAUAGUAAAUAAGCUGAGCGAUUAAGGGAGCCCUAGUAGAAAGGGAUAGGUUGUGGCAGUUGAGGUCUAAAGUCUUCCCAGUAUCACUGAGAUCAAGACAACUGUGGACAAAUAUGUCUAGGUCUGAGUGUCUGGGCCACAGAUUCCUUUUGCCUGGGUGGAGAGAGAAAGACAAGUUCUCAGUGGUGAGGGGAGCUGUUUCUUGUUGAUUUCAAGCAAAGUGCAUAUAUAGAAGCUUUGUGCUGAGUGGGUUUUUCGGUCUUGUUUUAAGUGCUGGGAAAUUAUAGCAGGAGUCACAGUGCCUGCAGGUUGUUGUCAUCACUCUUGUUGGACCUUGAUUGCCUCAUCAAGGGGGAGAGUUAUUCUUGAGGAUUUCAUUCUCCUAGAUAAACAGAACUUUAGGGAAAAAUGGCUGUGGCUUAGCUUUUCAGCUGAUGCAGGGUAAUGAGCUUUCCAACUGGUUUUCUUCCCAACUCUGCGAAGAUGUCUGCACUAAGACUCUUAACCCCAGAACUUGUAUAAGUAUUCUAGCACCCAUUAGUUGAUGAGUUGGUCAUUGUUUCUCUUUACUGAUGAUGUGUUAAUACCAAUCUUAUUUAAAAAUUUUCUUGUAUGUAAGUGCAGAUUGUAGGUAGGGAGGGAAAAAAGCAAAGAGGAUGGAAGUGGGAUAGUUCUCUUUAGAGCUUAGAGUCUGGUUUUUCCUCAACACACUUAUUUCUCAACCACAGUUGGUGGAAUUAAUGAUAGAGGCAAGAAGAAGUGAGCCACAACAAUCUAGUUUAAUGACUGUUCCAUUUGCUUAGGAAAAGCUAGGUGAAUCACAGCUCGUUAGAGUCCUGGGCCCAAAUGGAGCCAAAAAUAGGGUCAUUUCACUGACUGGGCUUCUUAAGAGUGGAUAUGACUUGAGCAACCCAGCCCCCAUCUCCCCUCUGCUCAGAGCAGCAUUCCUUCUUUGCCUGGAAUACACUUCUCUUGCUUAUGUUCCUAUGAACAGAGCAAAAUGACCAGCCCCUUUGUAAAGCGUCCCUGUCCCAGGUCCUCAGAGACAGGAGCAUUAGGAUCAAUGUUAGGAGAUGCCACAGGAUGCAGGAAAAUACUAGACUCCAUUUGUAAAACUGGACUAUGCCAUUUCUUCACCAUCCCACACUGCCUCACUCAUUAAUACAGAUCAGCUUUAUGGGAGCAAUGGUUCAGAACCUGUUUUGGAUUACAAACCCUUUUGAGAAUCUGAUGAAAACCAGAAACUCACUUUUGGGAAAAAAAGACACUGGCAAUUUGUUCAGUUUUGCAUACACAUUUAUCAGUUUCAGAGCCCAUCUAUAAAUGUCACUAAAUGGGAGUCAAAGAAAGGGGGUUACCCUUACCCAAUAUGGUUGUUACGUAUUUGUGUCAAGAAUUUACAAGGCAAGGAAGGAUCAUUUAACAUUUUAAGGAUUAAGAUACUAGAGGCAGUAGGAUAUAAGGGGAGAGUCCAGUCUUAAUGACCUGAAAGGUAUUGCUUACGUUCUACUCUAUGAAAAAACAUGUUCGACAUACUGACAGAUUUGCUCCUCACAAACCUUGUUUUAAAGACUUGUAGCAGGUGACUCUCCCUAUCAUCAGCUCACACCUCUUAAUAACCAGAUGUUAACCUCCAGACUUUGAUCUGUUUUAGUAACUGUAAAGAGAGAAAGUGAAGUCCCCCAAGUGUUGGUGCAGCCACGGUGCACCAUGGCAUCGCGGAGCCUAAGGGGCAUCCCUUUAGGUCAUUUCUGGCAUACCACUAUCUUCUCUACCUCCGUCCAAUACCACUUCCCUUGGACGAAAAAUAAAAUAAGCAACAGCCAUCA